CCUCCCUCGGUCCGCCGUGACAAGUUUAUCUUGUGACUGCCGCCCCUGCAUUUUCCUUCCUAGACCGCGGAGCCUUCUUAUCCACGAUGAGUUCCCUGGCUGCCACGAUCCUACUGCUGGCGCUUGUCGCCGCCACCCAGGCCGAGCCCCUGCGCUUCAAGGACUGCGGUUCUAAGGUCGGACUUAUAAAGGAAGUGAAUGUGAGCCCAUGUCCCACCCAGCCCUGUGAGCUACACAAAGGCCAGUCUUACAGUGUCAAUGUCACUUUCACUAGCAGCACUCAGUCGGAGAACAGCUCCGCCGCAGUGUACGGCAUACUGGCAGGACUCCCUGUCUUCUUCCCGAUUCCUGAGCCCGACGGUUGCAAAUCUGGAAUCAAAUGCCCCAUCCAGAAAGACAAGACCUACAGCUACCUGAAUAAACUGCCAGUGAAGAGUGAAUACCCCUCCUUAAAGCUGGUGGUGAAAUGGGAACUUCAAGAUGACAAAAAGCAAAACCUCUUCUGCUGGGAGAUCCCGGUGGAGAUCAGAGGCUAAACUCUUCGUUGCCCAGUGUCUGUGUGGGGUGAGAGGCCAUGACUGGAGGGAAGGGAAGAAACAGAAGAGAAGUCACACCUGAAAUUGACCCGGUGCCAUAAGAUGAACAGGAUUUCAAGACUGCUACUUUAUGCCUCUCAACCCUACUCUUGAGAGCUCAAGCUCUUGCCCCCUCGAUAGCCUUUGUUGAGGUCGCAGAACGGAAGAGGGAGGCAGGAGUAGAGUAGUUUCCAUGACUGUUUGCUGUUGGAUUAAGGUCGUGGACCCCACCACACAGGUCGGGAGGAGGUUGCUUAAGGAUGUCAGAUAACUUGACCCAGGGCUAUGGAUCCACUGUGAAGGAUGGCUUCUGAGAGACUCCCCUCUAGCUGGGGGUUAAUUACCUCUACAGGUUCCUCGUCUCAUAAGUGCCUCCUGAGUCCCAUGCACCUGGCUAAUCAGUCUACGGAGUCUUGAUGGUACCCUCAGCCCCGAUGCUUCAACAGUAGUGACCACCUCUCCAGUGUCCAGAGACUGCCUGAGAGGUGUUCUGCAGCAGAAACUUAGCUCUGGAUGCUUUAGUUCUGUUUCUUUGUGGCUAGCUCUUGUUUCUUGUUCUUCUGUGGUUUUCAUUAAAGACAUACUUGCUUGCA